AUGUUUGGGGUUGUCAGCUGUUCCUCUCCUCACUGGACAGCAGCAGAUCAUGUUCAGUUAGUUGGAUUGGUGACAUCUGGGUGGGCUCCUCAGAUCAGAUGCCUCCUGUGUGAGACCAACAUCUGUGGGAAUUCGGAAAAAUGAUGUGGAGGGAAGUUUGUCUCUACCUUUUGUGUAAUGUGAUCAAACAAUGCUUCUGCACUGGUCUUCAUGCACACAUCAUGCCAUUUUCCAGUAUGAGUCACCUGCAGACGCACCAAACUCUGUGUCCUCAAACUAAAGAUGGGAAUGGCCAAUUUCCAGGAUUUUACAUAAUGACUCAGUUCAACAUUGCCGAGUUGGCCAGGAGAGGGACGGUGAAGAAGGUGCCCGGAACGACAUCUCAGCAUGUUGCAUAUAUGAUUGGCCCCGAGUUCAACUUCAGGAUAAACACCAGAUCUGCAUUUCCCAUGGGGCUGCCUGAGGAAUAUGCAUUUUCUGCAACCUAUCGAAUGAGUGGAAAUACACAGAGUAAGAUUUGGAAUUUGUGGCAAAUGCAAGAUCUGAAUGGAAACGAACAGCUUGCAGUCAGACUCAACGGGGAGGCCCUGUCUGUAGAGUUCUCCUACAGAACCCAAGAGAACAGACAGAUGACGGCUUUAUUCCCUUACCAAACCCUCCUCUUCAAUUCUCAGUGGCACAAGAUUGUAUUGCUUGUCAAAAAAGCUUCUGUGAGCCUGAUAACUGACUGUACAGCAACAGAUUCACAGCAGCUGGCACCCAGAGGACAAGUAAACCUAGAUGGAUUUACGCAUAUUGGAAAACUGAAGGACAAUUCAGCAAUAGCUGUGCCGUUUGAGCUGCAGUCAAUGCUGAUCCACUGCGACUUAUUAAACAUCCCGCAGAGAGACACAUGCAGCGACCUUCCUGCAAAGAGAGAGAUAUCCGAGGCAGAGUUUCAGAGGGCUGGAGCCGGCCCUCCUGGUCCUCCCGGUGUGCCUGGAGUAGACGGUAUUGAUGGCGAGAGAGGUGACCCCGGUGAAGAUGGUUCUGCUGGUCCUGAUGGAGAUCUUGGAAAACCAGGUUCUGCUGGACUUCCUGGACUACCUGGAGCUGAUGGAUUGACUGGCCCCAUAGGAGAACUAGGCCUCGAUGGCCUACCAGGACAAAAGGGAGAACCUGGCAAACCUGGACCCAGAGGAGGGGUGGGUGUUGGACCUGAUGGACCAAUUGGACCACCAGGACCAGGAGGACUUCCGGGUGAGCAGGGAAAAGUGGGACCCCCUGGAGCCAUGGGAGUGAGAGGGCCACAGGGACCCCUUGGACCAACAGGCCCCCGUGGUGCUGCAGGGAUGCUGGGUGGAACAAUGGAACUGUGCUCUAACGCAUGCCCACCUGGUGCUCCUGGUCAUCCUGGCUUGCCUGGAAUGAAGGGUCAUAAAGGGGUGAAAGGAGAAGCUGGAGAGCCUGGUAAACAAGGACACAAGGGAGAGGAGGGAGAUCAGGGGGCACCUGGAGAGGUCGGAGCUCAAGGCCCAAAUGGAUCGCAGGGAAUUCGAGGUGCCACUGGUAUGAUUGGCUCCAAAGGAGAAACGGGGCCUCGAGGUGUUGAUGGGGACCCUGGAACUCAGGGUGUUGCAGGAGCCACGGGGGAUCGAGGCCAAAGAGGAUUAAUGGGAGAAACUGGCCCUAAAGGCGAACAGGGACCUCCAGGGACAAGAGGCAACACUGGUCUUCCAGGGUCAAAGGGAGACAGUGGUUUGCCAGGUGUGGAUGGACGUGAGGGAAUCCCUGGCAUGCCAGGUGCCAAGGGUGCUGCCGGAAAACCUGGAAGCCCUGGGGAAGUUGGCCUUCAAGGACUCCCUGGUUUACCAGGAAGCCCAGGACCAAAAGGUGGAGGUGGAGAGAAGGGUAAUGCAGGACAGCCGGGCCUCAUCGGUACUAUGGGAUCUGUAGGUAAACCGGGUGAACGUGGAGAACAAGGAGAAUUUGGACCCAUUGGGCCUAUUGGACAACCUGGAGACCGAGGAGAGCAGGGGCCACCUGGGCCAUUGGGAAAACCAGGAGCCAGAGGUCCUAAAGGUGACUUGGGCUUGCCUGGACUUCCUGGACCACCAGGCCUGCCAGGAAUAAAAGGAGACAGGGGUGAAGCAGGAGAACCUGGACCAAAGGGAGAACAGGGUGCUCAAGGUGAUGAGGGAACACCAGGAGACAAGGGAGAUGUUGGUGACCCUGGCCAACUUGGAGCUAAAGGCGAAGUUGGUAACCAGGGGGAUCCAGGUAAUAGAGGACCAGAGGGUGCCCGUGGGCAGCCUGGCAUUGAGGGGCCUCCUGGUAGUUCUGGACCACGUGGCAUGCAGGGGAACAGAGGAGCUCCAGGACCUCGUGGCACCCAGGGACCAGCGGGUAAAGAACCAAGUGAUCAACACAUCAGACAAGUGUGCAUGCGCGUUAUGCAGGAGCAGCUGGCCCAGUUGGCUGCCAGUCUGAGGAGACCAGAGUCUGGAGCGGUCGGACUGCCAGGCAGACCUGGUCCCCCUGGUCCUCCAGGACCCCAAGGUGACAGCGGCUUCCCUGGGCAUGCUGGUGCAAGAGGGCUCCCGGGACUCAAAGGGCCUCUGGGAAUGUUGGGUCUCAAGGGGCCGAAAGGUGAGAUGGGAGACAGAGGGGACAGGGGACCUACAAGUCGGGGACCCAAAGGCAUGCCGGGACCUCCUGGACUACCAGGUGAACCUGGAAAACCAGGAUACGGUCAAGAUGGGCGUGAUGGAGAACGGGGUCCACCUGGUACCCCGGGUCAGCCGGGCGUUCCUGGACCUCCUGGUUCAGCCGGACCACCCGGUUACUGCGAUCCUUCGGCCUGUAAUCUGAGCGCAGGUGCCGCCCACCAGUCCCUCAAAGACACUAGCAUGAAGGGACCAGGCGGAAACUAAGAACCUUACUGCAUAGACUUAAAACAUUCAGAGAGGCUCCGUGAAGAGCACAAAACGUCAUUGCCUUUGCAGAUAGUUUUACAGAUGUAAUGCCUAAAAAAAUUUACCAACUUCCUGUGUACAGAAAAUGGCAACAUUUCUUGAUCCAAACAAAUGAUUUUACCUUUUAUUGCACACCUCAAGUUAUCUGCUGGUGCAAAUGAACUUUCACAGAACUUAUUGUCCAUCUAAUGUACUCAUGAAAGCCAUUUCCUGUAGAAUUUAGAAAUGUUUUUUUCUCAGCUCAUACUAAAUCUAUUCUAGGAAGUGAACAAACAUCAAUGUGGCCUUCAGACCGGAGGCCUUUUUAAUUUCUGUGUACCAAAGAUUCAUAACCGAAACUGCUGCCAGAGACCUGCUGUCAGAAACAAAAAGGAGAGAGGAUAUAUAUAUAUAGAUAUGCUGCAAUCUAUUCUGUACAUCCAUCUAAAUGAUUUAAAUGUGGUUUUGUAAGAAAUUCACUUCCACUGCUAAAUAACAUUGGUGUGAUUUAUUGUUCCAGGACUGUUGACGCAUGACCUUUUUGUGACAUAUACACACAAGAGAAAUGCAGAUGUGUCAUUUCAUGGUAUUUCUAUUUAUUUUACAUAGGUGUUUGAUGACGAUGAAGUUUGUACAGAGAUCCAAGGGAAACACAUUUGAAUAAAUGUGAUGUUUUUAUAUGAAUUCAAAAUAAAUGUAGUUCUCAAACA